AACGUUGAUAUUAAUUAUUUUGCAUUCAUAUACGCACUUACAUGCCCCGGUACAGUAAAAUGUUUGAACCCUAAAAUUAAUUUCAAUUAACAUCAUUAGAAUAUAAAAAAAGAGGAAGGCCUGAUCAAUCGGGAUUUUCAGCAAAGGAGAGAAAUGAGCAACAAAAAGAAGUCCACCGCAGCAAAAACUGAAGAAGAAGACCCGGUGGAUCAGCUUCUUCAAUCAGCACAAGACGAGUUGCUUCUAAAACUCUCUGUCGAUUCUCACAUGUCUCGUGUCUCUCCCGAUUACCUCCUCCCUGAUCUUGACCGUCGAUUCCAAGCCCUCAAAUCCAGACCCACCACCACCACCACCACCACCACCACCACCACUCAAUCCUCAAUCAUCAUCUCCAAAUCACGACCGUCUAAAUCUAAAGAUGAUGUUGACCCUGAUGAUCUGUUUGCUAGAUUUGCUGCUCUCAAAGCUCCUAAUAACACGAUUAGCAGCAGUACUGUUUCGGGUCCUGGUGGAUUUGAUCAAGGAGGUGAUGAAGACGAAGAAGAUGAGGUUAAGAAGAUUAUUAGGUGGGCGAAGGACUCUUCUCGUCUCGACCAUUCUCCACCGUCUGACGAGGAUGAGGAUGAGGAUGCGGAUGCGGAUGAGGAUGAGGAUGAGGAUGACGAUGACGAUGACGAUGAUCAUGAUGAUAGUGAUAACGACGACAAGGGGGGUAAUGUUCGCGUAAAGGGUCAUCAUCGGAAAUAGUACGAGUAUCUUGCGACAAGUCGUUUGGUGAUUUUUUUCCCGUGAGAGAGAAUUGUUUUCUUUUUAAAUGAUCUUCUUGUAUAAGAACAAAGCCUUUUUUUU